AACGUUCCCGAGGCAGUUCUGCGAGUCAGAACACCUUAAUAGAAAGUAAUACAUUUCUUUUCUGCUUCAGUACUGUCUGACAUUGUCGCUAUUUUGUGACCUGUUGUAUUAAGACAGCCUAUCUAAGCCAUAGCCAUGGUGUGCAUUCCCUGCAUUGUGAUUCCUGUCCUGUUGUGGGUCUACAAGAGGUUCCUGGAGCCUAUCAUCUAUCCUUUCAUUUCACCCAUCAUUAACACCUUCUGGACCAAAAAAGCAGUCCAGGAUACAAGCCCCAGUGAUCAGAAAGUCAGCGAAAAAAGUAACGAAACACACAAGCCUGAAAGCAACAGUGAGGCCACUGCAAAUGGAGCUACUGUCGUAGCAGAUAAGAAGACAGACUGAACACUUUGAAUGUUCCCACUAAAACAAAGAUUGUGUAAAUAUUUCCGUGAUAUUAAAUAGUAAAACUAACAUUUUUAGUCUUCUUCAAAUUAUAUGCUUUUGAAAAAAGUCAGAUGUUGUUUGAGGUGUGAUUUAAUUUUUUUUUAAUUCUAAUUAUUUGUACAUUAUCCUUGUCAAAUAAAUGAAUUGCAAAUAAUAUUGAGUUGCAAUUAAGUGAAUUGCAAGCACUUUAAUGAAAAAAUUAAAGACAAUCUUCAAAUACAUACUUAUUUCUGACCAACUUGAAUGCUGUUUUGUUUAGUUUAAGAGAACACUUUAAGAGCAUACUCCUCAGAGAAGUGUAAUAUAAUAUAGAUAGAAAUUAAAGUAGAAUCAUUAAGUAUAUUUUUGUGAAAGCUUCGAGUAAAGAGUAAUUUGGGAGUUGUAUUACCUUUUCUGGUCCUGUGUGAGUAUAUUUAAGAAAAAAACUAGUUUUGUGGUCAAACUGGUUUAAAGUAUCAAAUUGUACAAACAUUUGUUUGAAAUGAGCUCAAGUGGCUUGUAAAAGUUUGACUGUUGUUCACUGAAAGGAAUAUUUUUGUACUCUUAACAGAAAAGUAAUAGUUACAAUUGCAUUUAGAAUAACAAAUAAAAAUAAAUUAAAGCACUUUCUUGGAAAA